GGACCCGCCGACGAGAGCGCGCCGAGGAUCGGGCGGGCGGCCCACCGUGCCCGCGGGGACCAUGCAGGCCCACGAGCUGUUCCGCCAUGUGCGGCUGCCGGAGCUGGAAGACCUGCGGCAGUACUUGCGCGGCAUCCCCGCCAACACGCUCAUGGGCUUCGGGGCCUUCGCCGCCCUCACCACCUUCUGGUACGCCACCAGGCCCAAGGCCAUCAAACCGCCCUGCGACCUGGCCAUGCAGUCCGUGGAGAUCGAGGGUGGGGAACGCGCCCGGAGAUCCACGCUGCUGGAGAGCGACGAGCCCCUGACCUACUUCUACGAUGACAUUCGGACCCUGCACGAGGUCUUCCAGCGGGGCAUCCGAGUGUCCGAUAACGGCCCCUGCCUCGGCUUUCGGAAACCCAAUCAGCCUUACGAGUGGAUCUCCUACAAAGAGGUGGCCGACCAGGCGGAGUGUGUGGGCUCAGCCCUGCUCCAGAAAGGUUUCAAAGCAGGAUCGGAGCAGUAUGUUGGCAUCUUCGCCCAGAACCGACCCGAGUGGGUGGUCAUCGAACAGGGCUGCUACGCCUACUCGCUGGUGGUGGUGCCCCUCUACGACACCAUGGGCACCGAAGCCAUCACGUUCAUCGUCACCAAAGCCGAGCUCUCCCUGAUUUUCUGUGAUAAGCCGGACAAGGCCAAGGUGUUGCUGGACGGGGUGGAGAAGAAGCUCACUCCCGUCCUCAAAACCAUCGUCCUCAUGGACUCCUUUGACGUCGACAUCGUGGAGCGAGGCAAGAAGUGUGGGGUGGACAUCAUCAGCAUGAAGUUCCUCCAGUCCCUGGGAAGAGCCAAUCGGCAGAAAACCAGGCCUCCGGCCCCCGAGGACCUCGCGGUGAUCUGCUUCACCAGCGGAACUACAGGCAACCCCAAAGGGGCCAUGAUCACCCAUAAAAACAUAGUGAGCGACUGUUCGGCGUUCGUGAUGAUGACAGAGAAAGCUCUCGGGUUGAACGCCAGUGAUACGCACAUUUCGUUUUUGCCUCUUGCUCACAUGUAUGAGAGACUCAUGCAGACGGCGAUGCUCUGCCACGGAGCCAAGAUCGGAUUCUUCCAAGGAGACAUCCGCCUCCUCAUGGAUGACCUGAAGGCGCUGCAGCCCACCAUCUUUCCCGUGGUCCCCAGGCUGCUCAACAGGAUGUUCGACAAAAUUUUCGGACAGGCCAACACGACGGUGAAGCGCUGGGUGCUGGACUUUGCCUCCAAGAGGAAAGAAGCGGAGCUCCGGAGCGGCAUCAUCCGCAACAACAGCCUGUGGGACAAGCUCAUCUUCCACAAGAUCCAGGCGAGUCUCGGCGGCAAGGUCCGGCUGAUGAUCACCGGAGCCGCCCCCGUGUCUGCCACCGUGUUGACCUUUCUGAGGGCCGCCCUGGGCUGCCAGUUCUACGAAGGCUACGGACAGACGGAGUGCACCGCGGGCUGCUGCCUGUCCAUUCCCGGAGACUGGACAGCCGGGCACGUGGGCGCGCCGAUGCCAUGCAACCACAUCAAGCUCGUCGACAUCGAAGAAAUGAACUACUUCGCGGCCAAGGGGGAGGGGGAGGUGUGUGUGAAGGGGUCCAACGUGUUCAGGGGCUACCUGAAGGACCCGGAGAAGACGGCCGAGGCGCUGGACGAGGACGGCUGGCUUCACACCGGGGACGUCGGGAAGUGGCUGCCCAACGGUGUCCUGAAGAUCAUCGACAGGAAAAAGCACAUCUUUAAGCUGGCCCAAGGCGAGUACAUCGCGCCCGAGAAGAUCGAGAACGUGUACCAGCGCAGCGAGCCCGUAGCCCAGGUGUUCGUCUACGGCGAGAGCUUGCAGGCGUUCCUCAUAGCAAUCGUGGUGCCCGACCCCGAGACCGUGUGCCCUUGGGCCAAAAAGCGAGGCAUCGAGGGCUCCUACGGCGAGCUGUGUCGGAAUAAGGACCUCAAAAAGGCCAUCCUGGAGGACUUCCUAAGACUCGGGAAGGAGGCGGGACUCAAGUCCUUUGAGCAGGUGAAAGGCAUCGCCCUCCACUCGGAGCUGUUCAGCGUGGAGAACGGCCUCCUGACCCCGACGCUGAAGGCCAAGCGCCCCGAGCUAAGGAAACACUUCCGGCCGGAGAUCGACGAGCUCUACGCCACCAUCAAAGUCUAGCGCGGGCCAAGGCGGCGAGGGAGAGCCGCGGCUCCCGCUCCCCAACAGGGCCCUCCCACCCGAGCCGGCGUGGGGAGGACGGGCGCGACCCCCGGACCCCGGGGGCCCGGCCAUAGGAAUAGCCACGGGGGCGGCUCUGCCUUACCAACCCGGGCGCCCAUCCCGCCUGCCCCUGACCUACAGUUUCCCAAAUGAGCCUUAAAUUGUAACAGGGAAUCUCGCUUUAAGUGUGAUGAGUUAUUCGGACCUUCCUCGGCCCAGAAGGCCGGGGGUUGGGCCGGCCACCCCCGUUUUUCCGACCGAGAAGAGGGGGGGUAUUGGUGGCACUCUCGGCGACGAGCCCGCUCCCGGCCCUGCGCUCCUCUGCCGCCGCCUGCCCCGCGAGCGUCCAGUACACUGGAAGGAAUACUUUCCCUUUGUUUCUCUCUCUUCUUGGCUUUUUUGUUUUAUUUUCUUCAACCGCUCUGGAGAAUGUCGUCGCGAUCUCGGUCAAACACUGGUUGGAAGACCCUCUCCCCUGCUGCUGAGCGGCUCGACGGGCCCCCGGGAGCGGGUCAUC